AGAAGUUCACCAAAAAAAAUGGCAGCGCAGCAACAACCCGGUGGACCGAUUCCUCAAAUUGGAAUGCAGCAAGCUGCUACACUUCAACAACAGCAGUUGAGUCAACAGCAAGAUUUCGACCCUGUUCAUCGAUUCAAAAUGCUUAUUCCACAAUUAAAAGAGAGCCUCCAGAAUGUCAUGAAGAUUGCCUCUUUAAAUUUGGGACAUAAUACAUCAAUUGACAAUGGCAUAAAGAGCAGUGAUGCCAGUGUACAGCGGUUUGACAAGAGUCUGGAAGAGUUUUAUGCCCUAUGUGAUCAGCUGGAACUCUGCUUACGGCUUGCCUACGAGUGCUUAUCCCAGAGCAUUGACAGUGCCAAGCACUCUCCUAACCUGGUCCCAACAGCCACCAAGCCUGACACCGUGCAGACAGAGUCCCUGUCCUACUCACAGUACCUCAGCAUGAUCAAGUCGCAGAUCUCCUGUGCCAAAGACAUUCAUAACGCUCUAUUGGAGUGCUCAAAGAAAAUCGCAGGAAAGGGCCAGCCACCAGGAAUCCUGUAGAAAUGGGCACUUCAUUUCAUUAUAUUAUUAUUUUUCUAAAGUUAUUUGAAUGUUUUGUUGUUGUACUGAUUGAUAAAGACAUACAAAGUUGAUUUAACUGUUUAA